UCGGGUCGGAAUCCAGCCUUAAAAUGGCAGCGUCACCGGAGCACACGCACGGAUACCUCUCCGUCAGAGACCUGGAGAACGUUCUGGACACCUGCAAACUGGACCUGACCCAGAUAGACGAGGUCUGGCCAAACCUGUACAUUGGCAACGUAGCGAUUGCCCAGAACAGGACGGCCCUGCAGAGGCUGGGCAUCACUCACAUACUGAACGCGGCGCAUUCCAAGCAGGGCAGCAUCGGGGACCAGCGGUUCUACGGGAGCGGGGUCGUCUACUGCGGGAUUCCGGCAGAUGACUCCACCCACUUUGACCUAAACGUCUACUUCAAACCUGCCGCGGACUUCAUCCACAAAGCGCUGAAGCAGACAGACGGAAAGAUUCUGGUGCACUGCAUCAUGGGAAUGAGUCGGUCUUCCACCCUGGUGCUUGCUUACCUCAUGCUGUACCAAAGGCUCCCCCUGUGCAGUGCCAUAAAAAGGGUAAUUCGGAAAAGAGCCAUUUACCCCAACAGGAACUUCCUCGCCCUGCUGCUGGACCUGGACCUUCAGCUGAGGAGAAAGAAGCGGAAAACCUGCCUGAUUCUGUAGCGACAGACAUUUUCCGCACCACAUUCCGGUGGAGUCUCUGAGGCUGUUGAAGGGAGACAGAUGCACAUGCACACCUUCACACGUUUCAGUCAGGGCAGACACCAUUGCAGUAAAGAAGAAGUACAAUCAUAAUAAUCAGAUAGCUUUGUAGUAAAACCCAAAACAAGACUCAGGCAAUAGCUGUAACAUUUAACAAACAGCCACUAAAUGUCAAGAAAACCUGGUGCCUCCUUGGUUAUUAUGGUUUCGGUUGCUAUGUUUUUUAAAUGCUGUCCCCUACUGUGUUUCUGUCAUUUGACAGCACUUUUAAAAUGCAUGAUUUUUUAAAUUGUUUUCCCUGGGAGCUAAAUGUUACCCAAUGUGUCAUAACACCAAAAAUGAUGUCACGAUUUUAACAAAUUCAAAUGAACCAUCCUGACAGGACACUGAAGCUUGUAAAAUUGAUAAUUCCUUUCUCUGAACCACAGAAACCACACCCAGAUAAGUAGGUUUUUAAAAGUCAUACCUUUAGUUGUGUGCAGUUGCUGAAUUUAGCUGUUUUAUUUUUUUAGAAAAUUAUGUGUAAAAUGUUGGAUGAUACUUGUUUUAUUUACUUAGUCUUAACAGUUGCAGUUAUGUCAUUGUCAUUUGUUAUCAUGAAAAGGUAUUAAUUUUUUUGAACAGCAUUCAUUACAGUUUUACCAGUCAGAGGUGAAAUAAGCUUCUGCUAAGGACCAGUUGAAUUUAGGAAUAAUAUAUUUUCUCAAAAAAAAUUUUACAUUUAUUUUUAACCUUAAGUAUAUCAAAAAUAUUAACACGGGUAUUGUAGUAAAAUACGACCAGGAGCUGCUUUCUAUCUUCAAAAAGCUUCUUAUUCAUAAUUUCAAAAAGUUAAGACACUGGGACAAUCUUGAAAGAAUUCAGCUCUGCUCCAGCUAUGCCAUCUAAACCAUUCUUAAAACAUCCGAGAAAGCAUCUUCUGUUCUGACCAGUCACGUCCCACAGGGUUUUUAAAAUCAUCAUUAAAUGAGAUAUGGAGCAUGGUCUUUUCUUCAGCCAAGAUUCAAGAUUAAAUCUGGACCCACAGGACCAGAUUUAAUGUGCCCCCACGUCCAAGCCCAGGCCUUUAAUAGUCUGGCUCACAACUUAAAGAUUCAUGAGAUACAAUGUUAUCUAAACUGUUGCAGUUCUGUGAUCAUGCUAGAUGAUAUCACAGUGUAUCUAAGCUGUUGCAGUUCUAUGGUCAUGCUAGAUGAUAUCACUGUGUAUCUAAACUGUUGUAGUUCUAUGGUCAUGCUGGAGGAUAUCACAAUGUAUCUACACUGUUGUAGUUUUAUGGUCAUGCUGGAUGACAUCUAUACACA